AUGAAAGAAGGAGUGCACUCGCACCCGGCCAAACCUACUUCGGAUCUGCAGGACUCAGAAACAGACAUGGAUGAGCCUAGUGAACCCUCUCAAUCAUCCUUGGCCAGCGAGCAUAGUGACGAUUCACGUGAUGAUGAAGACAGCGAAGAUGAGCACAGUGAGGAGUCGAGUUUCGAGGAGAGCGAGGAAGAAGGAAAGGUGUGGGAAUCUUGGGAUGAGGAGACAGAUGAGGAGCUAAUGGACGGGGAGGAUGAAUCAGAUGUGGAUAUGGAAGACGACGAAGGUUCAGAUGAUGAGGAUGAAACUGAUGAAGCUAGUGAGACAGAUAAUGUAACACUCUUAAUGACAAAGCUAAAGCUACAUAAAAAGGCCAUGAGUAAUCUCAGUACUGAAAGUGGGCCUGUGAGGGCAGCGAUCUUGCAGGAAGCCUCUAAAGACCUUAUUUGUUUCAUUUGUGAACUUUGCUGGAACCUCCUGAAUGGGUACUUUGACUUGAAAAGGCACGAAAAGAAUAUACUCAGACUGUACAAAGAAGAUAUACAUGCAAUGAUAGAUGAAAAUAAAAGUUGGCUGCAUAAGAAAGAAGCACUCAUUGAACAGGCACUCGAUCCUUUCAUACCAAUCCUCUUUAAUGUUCUCCUACCCCAUCUUACAUAG